AUGGAAAACUAUCAGAAGAUCGAGAAGAUCGGAGAAGGAACCUAUGGGGUUGUUUACAAAGCCCGUGACCUCUCCAACGCCGGUCGGAUCGUUGCGCUCAAGAAGAUCCGUUUGGAGGCUGAAGAUGAAGGUGUCCCGAGCACGGCCAUUCGAGAGAUCUCUUUGUUGAAGGAGAUGAACGACCCCAACAUCGUGCGUCUGUUCAACAUUGUCCAUGCAGAUGGUCACAAAUUGUACCUCGUCUUUGAAUUCUUGGACUGUGACCUCAAGAAAUACAUGGAAGCCCUCCCCACCUCGGAGGGAGGUCGGGGCAAGGCUCUUCCAGAAGGAUCAACAUUGGACAUGCAGAGACUUGGUCUGGGCAAGGACAUGGUGAAGAAGUUCAUGGCGCAGCUGGUCGAAGGUGUCCGCUACUGUCAUAGCCAUCGUGUCCUGCACCGAGACUUGAAACCGCAGAACCUGUUGAUUGACCGAGAAGGCAAUCUCAAACUGGCUGAUUUUGGUCUGGCACGAGCUUUUGGUGUUCCCCUGCGGACAUACACUCACGAGGUUGUUACUCUAUGGUACCGUGCCCCAGAGAUUCUUCUCGGAGGCCGACAAUACUCCACAGGCGUCGACAUGUGGUCGGUUGGAGCCAUCUUUGCAGAGAUGUGCACACGCAAGCCCCUUUUCCCCGGUGAUUCUGAGAUUGACGAGAUCUUCAAGAUCUUCAAGAUUCUGGGCACACCCGACGAGGCGAUAUGGCCCGGUGUGACUUCGUUCCCCGAUUUCAAAACCACAUUCCCCAAAUGGCGUCGUGAGCCGCUCAGCAAAAUCGUGCCUAGUCUGGAGCCGGCUGGAUUGGAGCUUCUUGAGGCCAUGCUGGAGUACGAUCCUGCACACCGCAUUUCUGCUAAAGCAGCUUGCAAUCACCCUUAUUUUGCAGCCGGUUCUGCCGCCUAUUCACAGCGUACGACCAGUGCCACAAGAACCAACGGUUACCAUUGA